AUGUCAAAGCUUUCAUCCAAACCAACGAAAGUCAUAGGAUAUCCAUGCCUCACUCUACUUUUAGGAAAACUUAGUUUUGUGAGACGAAAGCAGCUAUGUCUCGCUUGCCCUGCUCUCCGGAAACAAGAAAACACAAUUCCAUACAACUUGGAGAUAAUUGGUAUUGGAGCAUACUGCUCUUCAAGUUACUAUUUAUGCUUCAAGAUUGAUCAAUUGACUGUAGAAGUUUGUUACUACAAAAGUUUACAAACCAACUGUUGUGUUUGGUAUGAAAGUGAACAUAAGAAGACAGCAACCGCUCUACCAAACAACAUGUCAAUGGAAGACGCAGCUGAGAAACUUUUCAUGUUUUAUAUGAAUAGACAAGGAACCAAUAUCAAAAAAUUCGUAAUCAAGGGAACCCGAGCUUUCCUUCCAAAAUGCAGUCCUUUAAACAUUGGAACACUCUGUUUUGAAUGGAGUCACGAUGCACCAACAGAACACGGUGCCUGGAUCAAAACAACAAGACCUGUGGACCAUUUGAAAAUAUGCAAUAUUUUCCGUGAUGAAGCUCUCACAAAGGCAAAGAGUGUUUUUGUUGAUUUCAUGAACUUUCAAGAAGAAGGAGGUGAUUUUGAAACGAUGAUGAAUUGGAAAUGUGAAACAUUGAAAGUUAGAGGUGUACCUUUCGAUUCAAUGGUCACCCACUGCUGGACGUUGUCCAAAACCAAACUUCCGAUCGGAUAUUCUUUUAUAUAUGAUCAUGGAAGACCAAAUUUGGAGCUUGUGACCCUUGACUGGCUCGGGAUGCAGGUAAAGGGCAGGAAAACAUUUUGGAACGGAAGAAAAUGUGUGACUAUCACUAUGGAUGAUUCAACCGAGUUCAACAUUCACGGAGACAAAGAUGUCGACUCUUUAGAAAUCAUAAUGGAAUACAAUCCCAGAGGAACUGCUAUUGACAGAUAG